AUGGCAAAUGAUGUAGAAAGUGUAUUUCGCCUUGUCUACGAAGAUUUGGGUAUAUACCGCAACGAAGGCAAUGGGCUCUGGCAGAACCGAACGUUCUGUAUCGUCGGCUUCGAACACGAAAUACCAAGCGGUGCGGAGCUCAUCAAGUACCUACUAGAGGCGCUAAUCAAACGUGGAGCUAGCGUCGUAAAGCUGCCCAAUGACAAGCUCGAAAACAAGACGCUUUCCAUUGUAGACCACUACCUAUGCAACUACUCGCUGGGAUACAACGCCCUCGCCCACGACAUUCUUGAAACCAAACUGGUCACUCCAAUAUGGCUCUACACGUGCCACCGAGACGCACGCAUACACGACACAAAAAUGCUGCCUAUAUUCACGCCGGUGGGAGUGUUCUGCCCGCUUAUGUUCGCCAAAGACGAUGUGACCAUUUGGAUCGUUAGCGAAAUGCCUUCCAAGGAACUCAGACACAGCUCCGAUGUCCUGUCGAGGUUUGCCAGGCACUGCGGAUUCAAAAUCAUGGGAUUUGGCGAUACUAGAUCAGUCAUGGGACAGACUCUGGACACAGCGGCAGACUCGCACAUUAUCGCAUACGCUAACAAGCAUAAGCUGCCCUGCGUAGCAAUUCAGUGGCUUAUCGACUGCUACGUGGCCGGCGAAAUUGAGGACAUCAAGAAGUACUCCGUUGACAUACAGUUCGAGGCUACCAUGAAGGCCAACUCGAAGAAGCGCCGUAUAAGUGCAAUAGAUGCGACAAUUGCAGCGUGCAUUCAGGAGGGCCGCGUUAUGUGUCUAUCCUAUUCGGCUGCCGUAGAGGCCACUGAGGAGGUGCGGGAAAUGAUUAGAAGCAAAGAAAUAAAAGUGCACGUCAUCAACCCUCUAUACCUACUCGCGCCGUGGUCGAUGGAGCAGAUUUCAGGGCGCGAGAGAACCCUCUACAAUAAUCUCUCUCUGGUUGACGAAGAUCGGAUCAUUCUAUACAUUUCAAGGCAGGAGGCGCGCAAUGGAGCAUUCGGGAUAUUCGCGCAAAUAUCCAUGUUCAUGGAUUAUUGCAAAUUCAGACGCAAGAAAAGGAACAAGGCCGUGCGCAACAUCGAAAUCCACCCACUGCAGGACAUGUACCUCCCGGCGUACCCGGGCGUGGAAUCAGCCAUCUCCAUACCCGAAGAGAUGUUGGCCGGGGAUUCUUUAGUGUCCAGGGGUCGCACUAGAUCGUUCAACUUGUACGACCUAGCUGACAGCGUCGCGUUCAUGGGCGACGACAAUGCACUGCUUGAGGAGGAAGAAAUGUGCGGACCAGACAUCCAUGUCCGACAGAGGUGA